ACUCGCGACGGACUCUUUUAACAGCUUUGAGACUACAGCCCGGCAGGACAAUUUUUCAGUCCAGUCUGAGCCUACCAGGUCUAUCCCGAGUCAGAGGAUGGUUGAGCUUAAUCAGAAGUCUGUCUUGGAUAUGAUUAAAGAGUUCAGGAGGAAUUGGCACACUCUUUGUACCUCUGAGAGAACUACUGUAUGUGGUGCAGACUCCAUGCUCCUGGCAUUGCAGCUUUCCAUAGCAGAGAACAACAAACAGCAUAGUGGAGAAUUUACAGUUUCCCUCAGCGAUGUCUUAUUGACCUGGAAAUACUUUCUACAUGAGAAGUUGAACCUACCAUUUGAAAAUACAAAAGUGAUUGACCAUUAUGAGGACAUUAGGAGGACUUACGAUGAUUUCUUAAAGAAUAGUAAUAUGGUAGAUCUGAUUGAUGUUUAUAAAAAAUGUAGUGUUUUGAUUUCUAGUUGUGAAAAUAAUGCCAACAUAUCUCCUAGUCAGCUACGCGAUUUUCUUUCUGGGAGACAGUAUGUAGUAACUGAUGAAACUGAUCUUUAUGUACCAACAUCACCAAUGAGUAAACACAACCAGGAUAAUGAAAAGGUGCAGUUACUAGCAAGAAAAAUUAUCUACUCAUAUUUAAGCCUGCUUGUGAAUUCAAAGAAUGACCUGGCUCUGGCUCAUGUUCUCAAUAUUCCUGAUAGAGGACUUGGAAGAGAAGCCUUCACUGAUUUGAAACAUGCCGCUCAAGAGAAAAAGAUGUCUAUCUUUUUGGUGGCCACAUCAUUUAUUAGAACACUGGAGCUUGGAGGGAAGGGAUAUGCACCAUCACCAUCUGAUCCUUUAAGGGCACAUGUAAAAGGACUGUCUAAUUUUAUUAACUUCAUUGACAAUUUAGAUGAGAUUCUUGGAGAAGUACCAAAUCCAAGCAUUGCAGGGGGUCGGAUACUCUCAGUGAUAAAGAUGCAGCUGAUUAAAGGCCAAAACAGCAGGGAUCCUUUUUGUAAAGCAGUAGAGGAAGUCACUCAGGAUUUGGAUUUGAGGAUUAAAAAUAUUAUCAAUUCUCAACAAGGAGAUGUAGUUGUUAGUACCACUGACAUUAGUCCUGCACGGCCAAAAUCUUAUGCCAUAAACCAUGGGACUGCAUAUUGUGGCAGAGACACUGUGAAAACUUUACUAGUUCUUUUGGAUGAAGAAGCAGCCAGUAUGCCUACCAAAAACAAAGCAGAGCUUUUAUAUGAUGAUGAAAACACAAUUCAUUAUAAUGGAGUUUCUAUUCUUACACUUUUUAGAUCUCCCACACAAGUGAAUAAUUCAUCCGUGAAAGCCCUAAGAGAACGCAUCCAUAAGUCAAUGCAAGAGAAAAAAAUUAAGAUGAAACAAACCUUAAUUAGAUCCCAGUUUGCUUGUACUUAUAAAGAUGACUGCACAAUAAACAAGGAUAAAUGGAAUGAUGUUAAUUCAGCAUCCAAGCCUUUGUAUGUACUUCCCAUGGAAAAUGACCUUUCUGAAGGUGUAAAUUCAUCUGUUGGAAGGCCAGCAAUUGGAACAAGUUCUGGAAAUGUUCGUCUGGAUAGAAGUAAAAUUGAAAAAGUGGCAAGAAAAUCAAGUAGUCAGACAGGAAAUAAAAGCUCAAAAAGGAAACAGGUGGAUUUAGAUGAUAAAAAUAAUCUCUGUGAUAGUGGAAAUGAACCACCUCAACAUAAAAAUAUUAAGAUAUGUGAGACAUCAAACAAUUUCCAGAAUAAACCAUGUGGCAAAGUAGCCAGAGUAGCAAAAAACAAGUGUACAGCCAAGGACAAAUUGAUUACUGGCCAGACAAAGUUAACUCAAUUUUUUAGACUAUGAAUUUGGUUUUUAUGUGCUUUAGAUUUCUGUGUAUAUUUAACUAUUUGCCAAAGGCAUCUACUUAAUUUUUAAGAGAGCAAGGUAUAAGUUAUGAUUCUUUAUUAUGUUGGUCUGAAAUGUAUAUAAGGUAAGUUAAGCAUUUAAAAAAUACUAGUAAAUCAUUAUGCAGAAUAUUCACAAAGUUUAAUGCACAGAUAAAUCAUAUCAUUUAGGCUACAGAUAUAUGUUAGCAGCUGCUUUCUUUUGAAACAAGCAUUUAAAGUAACACAAGUCAUAGUAAUGUUAAGGGCUUUUUCCCCGACAGACAAUUAAAUGAUUUUGUUUUCUUCGGAAAAGAUGAUGUUGUCCAACAGGUUUCAGACUUGCCAACAAGGUCGGUAAACUCUUCCGAGCAUGCAUCUGAGCACUGGAGGGAAAAAAAGUUUAAAUUGUUUAAAGCACUAUUAUAAUCACACAAAAUUUAUUAGAAAUAAGAAAACGGAUCUAAUAGCUAAUUCUGAAUAAAUCAGAAUUAUAAUAACCCUUAAAUGACUUUUAAUCCCACAUCUUUGGCAGGGGUCACUUAAUUGAACCAUGGUCUUACUUGAUUUUGUUAAAAUCAGAUCCAACUCCAGUUAAACACCGAGUUUCUAUUUUCAUGAUAUUAAGAUAUAAGAAUUGAAUUUUUAAAAAGACUACUCACUGUCAAAAUCUCUCCUUCCUAUAGGAAAUUUAGCUGAGUUUUCUUCAUCCCCAAUUUCUCUCUUUUCUUGUGUUGAUUCAAUAUUCUGAACUCCAUUUUCAGCUGGAAAAGCUACAGAUCCUUUUAGUGCAAGAUAAGGUUUUAUAGCCAGAUUCAGUGGCAGACCAUGAUUUAAGAAAUUAUGUUUGGAGUCUGUGUUCUGUAAAGAAAAGGUUGAUUUGUGUUUUAGCUGUCUUACUGGUAAUAGGACUAUAAUAUAUUUGUAUAAUAUUCUCAUUGAUCAAUUCAGAGAUGCUCUGUACAGUAUUGACUCUUUAAAAAUACAUUAGAUAAAAAUUUUGGGGCAAAAACUUUUGGAUAAGAGUGUUGUGCAGAGAACAACAACAACCUGGUGUGUAUGAAAUUUCAUCAGUUUUCCUAAAGCUUAGUGUGAUGGUUUAUAUAUACUUCUAUUUAUAAAAGUAUCAAUUUUACUUUGAUUGUAAAAAUCAUUCAGAUUUCCAUUGAAGAAAGGAUAAGUCACAUUGCCACUUACCUUUGAAUUUUUGUUUUCCUCAUCAUUCAUGAAACUGCUCUCAUCAUUUUUAUAUUGUUCCAGAGAAGGAGCAGCAACUGAUUUUUGUGGAGUAUCUUCCUUCUGAAAGGCUUUCCCCAGCCUGAAUGUAUUAAAUACCAUGUCAUCUUCUAAAUUUCUUAUGGAUUUGGAUGCUGAAAGUAAAAUGCCUUGAGAAAACAGAGAAAAAGUUAGGAUUAAUAGGUAGGAAGAGAGACUCAUUUUUGCCAUUCUUAGUGUGAUGUUUGCAUAGAGUCAAAUAAGACUAUGGAAAAUGAAGAAAAAUUUCUCAGUCAACCUACUUUGUAGGUGAUUCCUACCUUUAUAUAUUUUCCAGCUUGAAUAAAACACUUCAAAGCAAAGACGUAGAUGUUCAUUAUUUUAGAAAUGACUCAUCGGAGAGAGGCUGACUUCUUGUAUAGCUGCUAAUACCUACAUUGUUUUGGUUUUAAUGGCUUAUUAUUUUGAGUGUGAAUUUUCUUAGAAUCUGAUUAAUAUCCUUGGCAGAACGAUUUCUGUUGAGUAGAUUAUAGUCUCUUGAAAAUGGAUUGUUAUUAAGGAAGACCAUAGGACACCAGGCUCUCCCUAUUCUUAUUGUUUUCUUUUGUAUAUUUUCUGAUUAAGUAUGAUAUUAAAACUAAAUUUAUUUGAAGUUUAUAAGGAUAAAAGUAUUAUUUAUUUUAAUCCUGAUUAAAUUGAAAUAAUCUUCAAAAAGGACUUUCUUUUAUAAAUGCUCAGUUUAGUCUUUAGUGAUUAAAGUAUAUAUGCCUAUCAGUGCAAACAAAAAGUUAUUCAUGAUAUAUCAAAAAUUGAUCUGUCAGGUGUGUUUUAUCUCUGCAUUUACAAAAGGAUAUUGUUGACAUUUAUUAAUAAAUUUAAUAAUUAAUGAAGUCCAUGAAGAGAAUAUUUAUGUGUUCCAUAAAUAUCAAUUUUGGAUAAAUAUGUUGUAUGACGCUUAAUUAAGUAUUUCAUAAUAAUUUCUUAUUUUGACCUCACCAAGUAAGAUAAUACAUUCUUGUGUUUAUCUUCUGGUACGUAUGUGUAAAAAUUUUUCUAGAGUAUAUUCCCAGGUAUGGAAUUUCUGAGUCAUGAAAUAUACAUCUUCAGCUUUACUGAUGCUAAAAUGCUUACAGAAUAAUAGUAGCCAAUUUAAGCUCCAGUGAGCCAGGUUUGACAGUCCCCAUUCCUCCAUGUCCUAACCAAUACUUGGAUAUCUUAUUGACCUUUUAAUUUGUAUUUCUCUGAUUCCCAAAGAAGUUGAGUGUUUUUUCAUGUGCUCAUAAGCCAUUUAUCAUUUCUCUUAUAUAAAAUCCUCUUUAAAAAACAUCUUUUCUUUAAAAAAAAAAAAAAAAAAAGGUGGGAUGCCUGCGUGGCUCAGUUGAUUGAACCACUGCCUUUAGCUCCAGUCAUGAUCCCGGGGUCCUGAGAUCAAGUCUCAAAUCAGGCUUCUUGCUCAGCGGGGAGCCUCCUUCUCUGCCUCUGCCUGCUUGUGCUCUCUCUCUUUCUCUCUUUCUCUGACAAAUAAAUAAGUAAAUAAGUAAGUAAAUAAAUAAAAUCUUUUUAAAAAAUAAAAAUAAAUAAAAAAAUCUUUGUCCAUUUUUCUUUUGGAUUGUUUUUCAUAUUGAUUUAUGGGAGUUCUUUAUAUAUCUUCGAUAUUGUUCUUUGUUAUAUGUGUUUUAAAUAUUUUUUCUCACUUUGUGACUUGUCUUCUCAACCCCUUUAUGGUGUGUUUUGGCGGACCAAACUGCUAAAUUUUAAAUUUUAAAUUUUUUUCUCUUUAACAUGUUAUCAUUUAGAAAUUUUUCCCAACCAUGAAAUCAUCAACAUCUAUACAUCUUGAAGUUUAAAUGUUUUGAUGUUUACACUUAAAUUCUUAAUUCGUCUGAAAUUUCAUGUAUGAUGUAGGAUAGAGAUACAAUUUUAUAUUUUCCAAAUGUCCUUACAACGUUUCUUGGAUAAUUUGUCCUGAUCUCACUAAUCUGUUCUGACUUCUCUGCAGUAUAUCAACUUUCUGUAUACAUGUGAGUCUCUUUUUAAACUCUUAUUUGACUGCAAAUCUUCAGUCUUAAUUGUUGUAAUUUUAGAAUAAUUUUUGAUAACUGGUUGGUCAGGUUUUCCAAUCCCCUAUUCACCUACCAGUUUUUCUUCUACAGCAGUUUCUUGACCAUUCUUUUCCAUUUUUUUUUUUUUUUAAUAAAUCUUAACAUCAGCUUUUCAAGUUCUGUAAAAACUUCGGUGGGAUUUUGAAGGGAGUAGUAUAGAUUCUAUAGAUUAAUUUUGGAAGGCAGUUGACACUCUUUUUUUUUGCAAUUGACACUUAAGAUAAUUCAUUUUCUCACCCAUGAACAUGGUACUUUUCCAUAUUUAUAUAGAUUUUUAAAAUCUUUUAAUAACAUUUACUAUUUUCUUCAUAAAAUUCUUACAUAUGUUUUGUUUAAACAAUUAUAGUUAUUUAUAAUUCAAUUAUUUUAGUUAUUAUAAAUGGUAUCUUUUAAAAAUUUACUUUUUCUAAUGUUAUUGCUGGUCAUACAUGUGCAAUUGGCUUUUGUGUAGUGCUCUUAUGCAUAAAAUACUUUCUAAAUCUUUUUAAUUCCAAAUAGUUUAUACAUGUAUUAAUCCUUUGGGGUUUUCCAUAAAGACAAUUGAUAUAAAUAAUAAAAUAAUAGCACUUUAUUUCCUUCUUCCAAGUCUUUCUAUAUUCGUGUGUGUGUGUGUGUGUGUGUCUAUGUCUAUGUGAGCAUACACGCUGAUAUUGACCAAACCUCCAGUAAAUGUUGGAAAUGGAGAUAACAGAUAUCUUUGCAAGUAUCACUGAUUUUAUAGAGUGCUUUUAAUGUUUUUAAAUUAAAAUUGAGCAUGAUGUUUAAUCUUGGUUUUUCAUAGAUAUUCUUUAUAACUUGCAGGAUGUUCUCUUCUAUUUCUGACUUACUAAUAGUUUUUGAUCAUUAAUUGUUAUUGAAUUCAUCAAAUACUUUUUCUACAUCUAUUGAGAUGACCAUAUCAUUUUUCUCCUUCAGUCUUUAGUAAAUAAAUGAACAGAUUUUUCUCAUGUUAAAUCAGCCAUGUAUUUGUGAAACAUUUUAAAAAUAUAGUUGGGUUCAAUGUGGUAAUAUUUGACUUAGUACAUUUUGUGUUUAUUAUCUUGACUGAGAUUGAUAUGUACUUUCCCUUCCUUAUAUUGCCUUUGUUUGGUUUGGCAUUAAAGUUGUAUUAGCUUCAUAAAAUGAA